AUGUGUGUCUGUCCACCCCUUGUGGUUCGCAAACACUAUACUCGAGCACUUGCUAAUGAAAGCUUGAUCAAACCGCAAUUCGACGUUCUAAAUCUAACCUAUAGAUGGUGCGUUGAAGAUUGA